ACAAGGUGUUCGUGAAGGUGUUUAGAAGAAAGAGUCAGACCAAAAUGUUAUGAGGCCUAGGGCUGAAGUGACCUUAGGGGAUUCUACUCUUUUAGCAUUGAAGGUUACUGGAGAUAUAAAUGUGAGACAUUUAACUACGUUGGCGCCUCAGAUGAUUUCGACGAUGUCAACUCCUAUGAAGAAGGUUAUCAGAGCUAAGUUAGGAAGAGCGGUUUAUCUCCCCUGUCAAUGUGGAAGGUUUAAUGUUGGUGGUAAUAAUACUCCUAAGUGGAAAAAUAGUCGUGGUGAAUAUGUGUUGUUAACAGGACCUGAAGUUGAUACUGUGUCUCAUGAUCAGAGGAAGUAUCUUUUGUAUAAUGACAAGAGGUGGUUGAAAGUUAGGGAUGAUUGUUCACUUGUUGUGCGUAACGUUACAUGGGAAGACCAAGGGGAAUACACAUGUACUUAUUUAGAGCCAGAGUUUAAAUUUAUUCCGUUUCAUAAUGUGUGGAGAGAGGGUUAUAUAACUCAUAAGGAAGUAGUUGUGAUAAAAGAUUUCAGUUCUACUGGAGUUUUCAUGGUCACUAAAAAGGUUCAGGAACGAUUCACCACAGCAACCACUCCAAGGGUGAAUAUUGCAUUGAUGAAGCUUACCACUUUACCCCCAGAAACAACUACAGCUCAGAGGACUAUUUUAGACAUGGAAGAUGAGUUUUUUUACUUUGACUGGACACCAGAAGACAUGACUGACCAUCAUUGUGUAUUACAGAAGAGAGAAACUAAGUGGAAGGCAUAUGGAUUUGAUUCCUCAGUGUUACAAAUCGCAGACCCAUGGGCAGGUAGGGACUUAUGGUUCCAGCAGUUAACCCAUUCUGUAAGAUCGGUUAGGAAGCUGAAUUGUCCAUGUGUGGGGAAAGUUCCAACACCAGUCACAUGGCCUUCAAUUUUAGAGAUGGUACCAGAACAAUUAAGUGCUAAAUGUCAAUCUUAUGCAUUAUCGUGGCUGUUAUACCAGCAGCAAUCAGCAGAAGAUAAGGUAAUGGCUCUGUCAGUGCAUCUGUUUAGACCUAAACAUAAUUGUUCUUGGUUGAGGGAGUUAUCAUAUGUGAAUUUACUUGAUCAGCAUGAAAAUAUGAUAGCAGCAAUCCCUGUUCCGUUGGAAGUGAAAUCUGUGGGGGCUAAAGAUUGUUUUUUUUUUUCCAGAUGAUACUCAUAAUGGGCCUGGAAAGUUUAUGGGAUUAUCAGACUGUAACAACUAUAUUAUGGACUUGGGAGAACGUAAAUAUGAAGUUAUGGAUGACUUGUUUAAAGUGACUUUUCAGGUACCACAUCGCAAACUGAGUAGAACUUUAUGGUGCGGAACCAAAAGUUGCCUGGAAAUGUGACUAUAGGGAAUUUUAAGUAUAUUUGGUGGGUUUGUGGUGAUAAGGCAUAUAUAUUUCUACCAUAUGGGUGGACAGGAUGCUGUUAUUUGGCAACGUUGAAGCUUCCAUAUGAGGUUUUUACUGUCCAGAAGGGAAAAGUAUCUGAUGAGGUUCAAUCUGAUGCUAUUUCUGGAAGUAGGAAGAAAAGGGAAUUGGCACAAUUUCAGACUCUGGAGUCCUAUCAUUGGAGGAUAAGUCUAGGUGAGAAGUGGGGUAUAGGAUUGUUUCCAUGGUAUGGUGUGACAUUUUUGGCAGAUCACAUUGAUAAUAUUACCUACACUCUACAGGGUUUUGCAAAUGAGACUAUAAGAGGCUUUGAAUACUUGUCAAAUACCCAAAAGAGUCACAGACUGACGUUGCUGAAACAUGACAUGGCUCUUGAUUAUCUUUUGGCCAAACAAGGUGGCCUAUGUGUGGCUUUGAACUUAACUGGGGAUGCCUGUUAGACUUUGAUUCCUGAUAGUUCUGACAAUAUGACUUGUGUCAUAGAUGCAUUGAAGCAUAUAAGGGAUGUGUUUGGCCCAUCGGAAGGAGCUGGAUGGUCUGCGAAUGCUUGCUUGCAGGAGAAAUUAGGACCGUUGAGAGCAGUCUUGGUUCAGAUGAUGGUAGCAGUUCUUAUAUCAUUGAGUUUGAUGUUCUGUUUCUGUACGUUGUUGUUAACCUUUGCGAAGGCUAUGAUAUUGAGAUGGGUUGGAGUUGUGAUGCCUGGAGAUCAAGUUCAGAUGCCAUUACUACAUAGGACUGACACAGACGAUGACAAGGAAGUGGUGAUAGAAGGCGAACUGAUGGAGAAAUAUCCAUUUUGAAUAUCUACUCUUAUUACAGUCUUGACAUUGAUUUCUGUUAUCAUUUUGGUAUUUAGUGGUCUCUUACUAUAGAGUGGGAUGAUUGCAGGGGGAAAUGGAAAAAUGUGACUUAUAACUUAGAAUAAUGUGAAAGUAUGAUAAUGUGAAUUUAACAUUUACUUAUAAGAUGUUAAUCUGUAUUUGACGUUUCAGUUUGCAUCUGUUGUUUUUGCAAAAGAUACUGGUUGGUGGUUUUCUUUCCUUCAAGAACGAUGUUGGGGGAAGAUCACUCUAAGGGUGGUUGGAUUUUCAGGGACCCAGAUGUGCAUGGACAAUAAGAAUGGAUUGGAGGACUUUGAAAAAGGACACUGUGAUACAAUGCCCAGAGUCAACACAUCAUCGACACUACACUGAGAGUCGACGCUGCUGAGGAGCUGCAAUUUUCAGAUGAGUGAUGGUGAGGGUGAAGAUAUGGACUGACGUGUUGUCAUGCAGCAAGAAUUUCCUGCUCUGUCCAGCCUCAAAGGGGAUUUUAGCAUCACCUUUGCAAAAGUAUUUUUCUUUGUAUCCAGGUUUAUAUGGACAUCUGUUCCUGACUUGUUCUCCUUCAUAUGCUGUGUAAUUUAGCUCUUCAGUCUCACAUCUUACCCCUACAUGGAGGUGAACCCAAAAAUACAGCUAUUUGCUUCUUCUUGAAGCAAAUUACGUUAUAUGGCCAAAGGUUUGUGGAC